UUCAAGCAAGAUGGUGAAUGUAGAUCAGCUUACCAAUGAAGAAAUCCGAGAUCAACUUAUGAUACAUGGUUGUGAUCCUGGCCCUGUCAUUGGAAGUACUAGAAACGUCUAUGCAAAUAAGUUACGACGUUUGUUAGAAGAAUCGGAAUCGAAUGUUAUGGUGCCUCCUGAGAGAGGAGCAUCCGAGGCUGCAAGAACUGACAGCCUUAAUUCUUCGCCAAAGCGUCGGGAUGUAGCACCCAGCCCACAAAAGUCACGUUCACCAACGCGUACUACUCGCUCUUCCGUUCAAGAUGUAAUCGGUCUAUCAAAGGUGCAAAAUAUAUCGCAGGAUUUUAAGAUAUCUCAAGCGUCACCGAAAACUGCAGCAGUUUCUCCAGCGAAAUCACGCACUAUUUCCGAUUUCAAACAGUCAUUACCGAAACCACGUGUUGUCCAACCAUCAGUUCCUACUCCAAAAGCAUGUGUAGAUCUCGGAUUUGAAACUCAAGCGGAAGUGAGUGCAGUUCCAGAAUCUCACCACUCGCCAUCAAGAGCAAGCGUAACUUCUGAAUGUGCAUCUCUGAAUGUAACCUCAAGUUCUUUCAAAAUGCCCAAGUCUUAUCCGUUUGGAACGAUACCGGAAGUUUGCCAUUCUACACCUACAACACGUUUUACGUCCUUGCGAGAUAAUUGGGAGAAUGGAAAAGUAAGUGAUGGUUCAGAUGAUGAUUUACGUGGUGAAGAAAGUUCACGUAUUUUGUUGCCUAGUUGGAAACAAGAUCAUGCGUACUCCGUUGGAUAUGAUUCAAAUCAAAGCUCAAUGACACGACGUCUGGAUGAGAAUUCGAAAACUCACUACGGUCGUGCUUCACGCUACAGUUCAGGAGCAAUGUUUGAGAAUUCCUGCAGUGGACACGGAAAUCGACUCAGUGGUUUGGUGGAUAAGGAAAAGGCGUCACGAAGCUAUGGAAAAAUCUGUCUCAUUCUUCUUUUCGUUAUCACAGGAGCUAUUUUUGUGUUCUUUGUCGUGCAGAAUUAUGCUGAAUUAGAACAUGGUGAGGGUAACAAAGAAGAAUUCUGAAAGUUCUUUCUUGAUGGCAGUGUUUAGUAAAGAAUGGUUUUAUUUCUUUUUGGAAUAUGAAACACAUCUAUACCGUUAUGCAGUGGAUUUUAACAAUUUUUCCGAAGAUUUCGAAUUUUCAUUUGAUUUUUAAUUGUGAAACUUGUCUUCUUGAGCAAUGUUUUAUUUCCGAGUCUGAUUUAGAUCUUUGUUUGUGGUUUUCAUUUGUUUUUAGGCUUUAAAUCUGUAUUUUGAG